AUGAUUUUCUCGGUUGUGGUGGCGGCUUGUCGAUCUCCACGUGAAUCACAGAUCUUAAACUUUCUCUUUGAGUUUUGCCAUCGCACUAACUCGCCUAGUGAAUCGGAUAAAAGAGGAGGCAGCUUAGCUUCAGGGUGUGCAAAGACGUUGAUGCGUUUGCAAAAGAUCUCCUUCUGUCCAACUGGCUCACUAAAACUGUAUCGCGGUAUGUCAUUGACACAGAAUACUGUAUAUGCUCGCAUUCUUGUGGAAUAUUGA